AUGAGCACAAUCAAUGCGUGUUUACGCACGCUGUGUGACUAUGUGGUUGCGUGCUCCGUGGAUAGUACUGCUGGUGCUGGUGGUGGUGGUGCCCCGGACGAACUCAUGGCCAAUAAAACAUUGGACGCAUUGUGUUCAUUUUGUGUCUCCUGGCGUAUAAUUCCGUUGGAUCGAUUAUUGUUAUUCUUGGUAAGUGCAUACAGCUCAACACGUGAUCACAUGCCUCUUUGUUUAUUUUUAAUUAAUUAA